UUCCCACCGCCGCCGCCCCACGUCGCGCCACGCGCCUGAUUCCCACUCGGACCUGCCCGACGAUCGACCUGCUCCGAUCGGAUCGGCUCGGCGAGCGGCGGCGAGCGAUCGAGGCGGGGAUUGGGAAUGGAGGCGGCGCCGGAUCUGAGCGCCGUGUCGGCGCUGGCGCUGCAGGUGGACCUCCUGCAGCUGCCGCCGGAGAUCCCCGCGCCGGGGGCGCCCGCGCUGCGCGGCGUCCUCGACCAUCUCUUCGCGCACUGGCUCUCCCUCCCCGACACCGUCGCGCUGGUCAGCUGCCUGGCCCAGAAGGCCAAGGCCAACGGCGCGGGCUUCGCCGGGGGCGCCAUGUUGCCGUCCAUGAUGAUGCAGGGAGGCGCCAACGUGCCGCCGCUCUCGCCGAGGUCGCCCCGCCUCUCCAGGAAGCCCAGCGGGGUCGGCGGACACUCCAACCGUUGCGCGUCCCCGCUCCGGCCGGCCACCGCGCGCGCUGUCAAGGAGGUCAUUCCGCAGUUCUAUUUCCGAGAUGGACGCCCGCUGCCAUACGAGCAGAAGAGGCAAUGCGUAUCUAUAAUCGAGCAGCUCUUCGCCGGGCACUCCAAUGGUCUUCGGAUUCAAGAAUUUCGGAUGGUUACCAGGGAGCUCUGCAAACUACCGUCGUUCUUUACCACUGUUCUUUUUGGAAAGAUCGAUAAGGAUAACACUGAAUUUGUCACAAGGGAUGCCUUUAUGGAUUUCUGGGUGAAUAGCAAUAUGAUGACUAUGGACAGUGCAACCCAAGUAUUUACGAUUUUGAAGCAACCAGAUCAUGAUUACCUCACAAAGGAAGAUUUCAAACCAGUUCUUCGAGACCUUUUGGACAACCAUCCUGGCCUGGAAUUCUUAAAGAGCACGCCGGAAUUUCAGGAAAGAUAUGCUGAGACUGUCGUAUAUAGGAUAUUUUAUUGCUUGAAUCGAAUUGGAAAUGGCCUUCUCAGUCUGAGGGAGCUGAAACGUGGAAAUCUGCUUGAUUCGCUGCGGCAUGCUGAUGAUGAAGAGGAUAUCAAUAAAGUUUUAAGGUAUUUUUCGUACGAGCAUUUCUAUGUGAUAUACUGCAAGUUCUGGGAACUCGAUACGGACCAUGAUUUCUUUAUUGACAAAGAAAAUCUUAUUAAGUAUGGAAACCAUGCGUUGACAUAUAGGAUUGUAGAUAGAAUUUUCUCGGAGGUUCCCAGGAAAUUUACCAGCAAGAUUCCAGGGAAAAUGUGUUACGAAGAUUUUGUUCAUUUUAUUUUGUCUGAAGAGGAUAAAUCAUCAGAACCAAGCCAAGAUUAUUGGUUUAAAUGUAUAGAUUUGGAUGGCAACGGCAUACUCACACACAUUGAACUACAAUACUUUUUUGAGGAGCAACUUCAUCGCAUGGAAUGCAUGGCCCAGGAACCUGUACUGUUUGAGGACAUAUUGUGUCAACUAGUUGAUAUGAUAGGACCAGAGGAUGAUACCUUUUUUACCAUAAAAGACUUCCGGAGGUGCAAAUUGUCCGGGCAUUUCUUCAAUGUUCUCUUCAACCUCAACAAGUUCAUGGCUUUUGAAUCUAGAGACCCAUUCCUCAUUCGCCAAAUGCGUGAAGAGCCAUCCUUGACCGACUGGGAUCGUUUUGCUCGGAGAGAAUAUAUAAGAUUGGCAAUGGAAGAAGAUGGUGAAGAUGCUUCCAAUGCAAGUGGAGAUGUUUGGGACGAGUCACUUGAAUCUCCGUUCUAAAUUGAAGGCGUGAAGGAACGGUGGCAACACACAUCAGAGCAUUAACUUACAGCCCUAAUAAUAUCAAAAUGAAUGUGUUAUGGUGUGAAGUAUUGUGCAAAAGUUUGAUAUAUUAUCUCUAGAGAAACUACAGCUGAGGCAGUUGUCCACUCGUUGGCAUUAUCUAAAGUUUGACAUAGUUUCUCGCAGAGUGCCAAUCGAAUUCUAAAGACAGAUACUUCCAUCCAAUUUGUCGCAGAGUGCCAGUUUUGAUUAGUGACAGUGAGUUUCAGGGGCAACUGCUUUCAUGAUUAAAUGGAUUUGGCCAAGUUAUUCAUGGCAGCGAGCGGUCGCAGGGCACCUUGUGGUUAUUCUGAAGCCCCAACCUGUGAUCAGGUGGCAAGCAAGGAAGUGCCAUAUGUUCGAAUUGUGCAUUUGCUCUGGCUGGAACCACAACGUACUUUUAUCAGUGUUGGUCAGACAUAUGUUGUCUUUUUUCAAUAAGGUCACCCUCAUCAAGAACAGUCGCGCUCGUGUAUUCUGUAUCUAUGUUUAGUUUGUAGUUACAUGAACAAAUGAGUUGUAUUGCACAGUUUUUUUUUUGAAGCAAAUAUUGCACAGGAUUA